GCCAGCUGCUAGGAUGCCGAAAUCUGUGACUCGUGAAAGCAGUGGAUCCUCCAGAAGCGGCAGCAUCAGCAGUGACAGCAGUGGUUCUGGAGGGAACAUCCGUUCUCUCCUGUCUAUGAGUGAGAGCGUGCACGCUAAUCUGAGCAGCUUCUUUCCAGAGCAAGCACUGGAGAAGGAAAAAACCCGCCAGCUGAGUCAUCAGCUGGAAGAGAUAAGGCACCUAAAAGAGGUUCAUGCUGCUGCUCAGCUCAAAAACCUGGAGGAUUUUCUGAAGAUAAACCGAAUCUCUCUCAAAGACAGUUUGGCGCAUACUACAGGGAUGAUUUACAGAAAUUUAGGAAAAUCCGGACUGAGGGUGUCCUGUGUUGGAUUAGGUACAUGGGUUACCUUUGGAGGCCAGAUCACAGAUGAGGUGGCAGAGGAAAUGACAACUUUGGCAUAUGAGAGUGGAAUCAAUCUGUUCGACACAUCUGAAGUGUAUAACUGUGGAAGGGCAGAAGCCGUGUUGGGAGGCAUUAUAAAGAAGAAAGGGUGGAGGCGUUCCAGUCUUGUUAUCACUACCAAAAUCUUUUGGGGAGGAAAUGCAGAAAUGGAAAGAGGACUUUCUAGAAAACAUAUAAUUGAAGGUUUGAGAGCAUCACUGGACAGACUUCAACUAGAGUACGUGGACGUUGUGUUUGCAAAUCGACCAGAUCCAUACACACCUAUAGAAGAGACAGUAAGGGCAAUGACCUAUGUAAUCAACAGGGGGAUGGCUCUGUACUGGGGAACGUCACGAUGGAACUCCAUGGAGAUUAUGGAGGCGUAUUCUGUAGCGCGACAGUUCAACCAGAUCCCACCCAUUUGUGAACAGGCAGAAUACCACAUGUUCCAAAGGGAAAAGGUGGAAGUGCAGCUCCCACAGCUUUACCACAAAAUAGGCAUUGGAGCUAUGACAUGGUCUCCAUUGGCUUGUGGGAUAAUCUCAGGAAAAUAUCGGAGUGGAAUACCGCCUUCUGCACGAACUGCCUUGAAGGGAUAUGAAUGGAUAAAAGACAAGAUAAUGAGUGAGGAGGGUCACCGAGAGCAGCUUAAACUGCAGGAACUAGAAACCCUCGCACAGCGACUACAGUGUACCUUGCCACAACUUGCUAUUGCUUGGUGCCUGAGAAAUGACAAGGUGAACUCUGUGCUGCUGGGGGCUUCCAGACCUGCUCAGCUGCUGGAGAACAUCAGAGCCUUACAGGUUCUUCCAAAGAUAACAGCGUCCAUUGCGUCUGAGAUUGAUUGCAUCUUGAAAAACAAGCCCCAUUGUAAAAAGGGUUUCAGAUUUUCAAAGGAGCACUGAUAGGCUGCUGUAGGAUUUUGAUCCUUGUGUAAUUCAUGCACACUUCACUGUUCUUUUUUUUUUUUUUUAAAGCAACUGAAACUCAAAUAAACACAUUUACACAACACUACUUCUCAAAUAUAUUGUAAUAAAUUAACUGCUGCCACAAAAACUGAGAGAAAUGUUCAAAAGACCAGAGUUUGACACAAGCUAGUGAAAAAAGAAACCCAAAAAAGAAAUAAAAAGACAAAAUAUGGACUGACUCUUGACCAGAGACGGAUUGUUU